UAUGCAGAAGAGGGGGCGGUGCCUGCAUGUUGAUAAGCUGGGCCGGCUGCCGACGCGGCUGGGAGCCCCAAUAGGUCCCGCUGCGGUUCCGGCUAAAGUGGCAUCCCUCUCCCGCCACCCUUUGUCCCUGGGUCCCCACCUUCUGAGGAUCGCCCUUGAUCUUACCCUCAUCCACUUCCUACUCCCUGAACAGCUCCCCCCGUAUCUGAAUAUCUCCACUCCUGGAGCCCCCAGCGUUUCUCUCUUCCCGCCGCAAACCCCACGACCUCCAGCAGCCCGCCCCCGCGGGCCCGAUCUGCCAGGCGGCUCCCGCCGCAGCCACCUCAGCCUUCCCGCUCUCCCAGGGAUCACCUUAUUACAACCCCAGGUGUCCGCGCUGGGGUGUCCCUGCUUCUUCCUCCUGUCCCCUCAGAGCCCCCUCCCUCGCCCUGGCCAGCCGGCAUGCAGGUGUCUAUCGCGUGUACCGAACAGAACCUUCGCAGCCGAAGCAGUGAGGACCGUCUGUGUGGACCCCGGCCGGGCCCCGGGGGCGGUAAUGGAGGGCCAGUCGGCGGGGGGCAUGGGAAUCCUCCGGGGGGUGGCGGGUCCGGCCUUAAGGCCCGAGCCGCUCUGGUUCCCCGACCUCCAGCGCCCGCUGGGGCCCUGCGCGAAAGCACCGGCCGAAGCACUGGCAUGAAAUACAGGAAUCUAGGAAAGUCUGGUCUUCGAGUGUCCUGUCUUGGCCUGGGUGAGUCAGAACAGGAAUUAAGGGAAGGGGGCAUUCUUUCAUGGCCCACUUCACACAGUUCUCAUGUAUUUGGCUUCUCUCCUGCAGGUACCUGGGUCACAUUUGGUUCUCAGAUCUCAGAUGAGACAGCAGAAGAUGUGCUGACAAUUGCCUAUGAGCAUGGUAUAAAUCUGUUUGACACCGCUGAAGUGUAUGCAGCAGGAAAAGCUGAAAGAACCCUAGGUAACAUCCUCAAGCACAAAGGAUGGAGGAGAUCAAGCUAUGUCAUCACCACCAAGAUUUUUUGGGGAGGACAGGCAGAAACUGAACGAGGCUUAAGUCGCAAACACAUCAUUGAAGGCUUGCGAGGAUCCCUGGAACGCCUCCAGCUGGAAUAUGUGGAUAUCGUCUUCGCCAAUCGCUCAGACCCUAACAGUCCUAUGGAGGAGAUUGUGCGAGCUAUGACCUACGUCAUCAACCAAGGGCUGGCCCUAUAUUGGGGGACAUCCCGAUGGGGGGCUGCAGAAAUCAUGGAAGCCUACUCCAUGGCCAGACAGUUUAAUCUGAUUCCUCCGGUGUGUGAACAAGUGGAGCACCACCUAUUUCAGAGGGAGAAAGUGGAGAUGCAGCUGCCUGAGCUCUAUCACAAGAUUGGUGUUGGUUCAGUCACUUGGUCUCCUCUGGCCUGUGGUCUCAUUACUAGCAAAUAUGAUGGGCGACUCCCUGAUACCUGCAGGGCCAGCAUCAAGGGCUACCAGUGGCUCAAGGAUAAAGUACAGAGUGAGGAUGGCAAGAAACAACAAGCCAAAGCCAUGGACCUUCUGCCCAUUGCUCACCAGCUGGGCUGCACUGUGGCCCAGCUUGCUAUUGCCUGGUGUCUCCGCAGUGAGGGUGUCAGCUCGGUUUUGCUGGGGGUGUCCAGUGAAGAGCAGCUGAUGGAACACCUGGGCUCACUACAGGUGCUGAGCCAGCUUACACCGCAGAUGGUGAUGGAGAUAGACGGGCUCCUGGGGAACAAAUCACAUUCCAAGAAAUAGUCCCUGGGGAGUGCAGAGACUCAACCUGAUGCCGCUGCAACCGCCCAAGAAUCGCAUCUCCGCAGCCGCCCCUUUACUCCACCCCCGUAUCCCUCCACCCAGCGGCAAGAACCAGGGUAGCCCCGCCCACUACAAAUCUGGCUUGAGUAGCGAUGCGCAUGAACAAAGCCAUAUCCUUCCGCAGUGGGGCUUGAGAGAAAAAGUAAUCCGCCCACCCCGUGCUGCGUCCUUUUUAGGCCUUCUUCCUAAUCCUGGGCAUGAGCUAUGGGCGUACACUCUCUGCCGUUUGGUCUCGCUCCUUUCUCUCUUCUCCCUUGUGCCGGGGCUCAGGAAAAAACACGGCAGAUGCAAGAACAUGCAGAGUACCUCAAAAGUGACCCUUGAAAUGUCAUCAAGGGGUAAGGACCUAAUAAGUGAGUUAUAAUGUUACCUGGGACAUAGGAAAUGUGGUUUUACGAUAUUCCACACAAAGGCAGCCAGGCUGGUCCUGGCUGGAAGAAAAUGAAAAUCUCUGGGAAACCAGAACUCUACCUCCCAGCUCGGAGGUGCAAGACUUCAAUCUAGAACUACUGUAAUACCUUGUUCUUGCAGCGAGGGGCCAGAGUGGGGAAAACAGUGACAGCACCGGCAAAAGCAGAGGGAAAUUUGAUAGCAGAUGUACAGUGUGAUCUGGCCAAAAUUGCCCAGGUGGCUCUUGGAAAACAAAGUUGGGUGGUCCUCUUGCAUUAAUGAUAGUCUUUGGGCAGAGAGAUGGGGCUGACAAAGACCUGGGAACAAAGUUUUGAGCCUUGAGCUGGACUUCCUGUCUGCCAGUAGAGGACUGUAGUCUUCCUCCUGCAAUAACCCUAAAGCAAUAAUGAUGGCCUAUCUUCUGUAAGAUUUCCCAGGGAACUGUAAAUAAAAUUUCAGCUUGAUCGUCA